AUGCAAAAUGAUAAAUCCGAAGACCAUCACCCGAUAGUCGACGAAUCAUCAUCCAACGACUCUUCCGCAACUGCUGCCUCUAUUAGUAGUACCGGUAGUAGUAACGAUAAUUCCAACAAUAGUAAUAAUAUUAAUACUUCUUCAAAUUCAUCAUCUCCAACAACAUCGCAGAAUCGGAGGAGAAGGGUUGUAUUUGUGGAUGAAAUGAAAGAGGAAAAUUGGAGUGAUGAUGAUGGUGAUCUUUUACUCAAUGAUUCAUCGUAUGAUAGUGGAAGUAAUCGUAGUAGUAGUGGAGGUGAUGACUCGGAUCAUGAACAUAAACAUGUUAGGUUUAACGAGAAAGUCCGAGUGAGAGAAGAAAGACCAAUAGAUUUUAAUAACUCGGAGCAAGAAUUUAUAGAUGAUCCAUUGAUGACCGAUAAUACAUUGUUGGAUGAGGAGGCAAACACAAAGGGACCUCCUGUUGCAAUACGAAAACUCUCUGUUAGAAAAAUUAGCCUAGAAUCCAUGGUGAAAGGAAAUAGAGUAUUUGUGUCAGAAAAAUUGUUUCUUGCACUGAGAAAGCAAGCAUUUUAUGAGCGAUAUUCGGUAGAAUCUGUCACCUUUUCUUCUAACCCAUCUCGACAAGAAAUUAUUUAUUUGUUACUUUCUUCACGAGGAAAACGAUGUGUCUAUCAUUGCUUGCCUGAACAAUAUGAAGCAGCAAAUUCAAAAAAGAAAAAGUCUUUUAUGAAGAAAAAUAUGAAAACAAUUGCGUUGAAUUUCUUUCAAAGAGAAUCUCUCGAGGUUGAAGAAUAUGAUGAAGUUACAAUAGAGUCUGCAUAUCUCGAAUGGGAUGUUGAAGAGAGAUUAUGUCCAGACUUUUACUCUUUCGUAUUUGGAAAUAGAACAAAAGUUGCCAUUUUAGAAAGUAUUGUUUUUACAGUCAAGUAUGAAGAAGAUAUCAUUUCUCUACUAAAACUCAGAAAUAGUGCAUAUAAUUCAAAAUUAGAUGAGAAUACAUUGAAAGAACAAUUUUCAACCUUUGUCAAGGUCAAUUAUGUUGGACACAUAUUCGGAAAAAAUCAAACCAUAGGACUAGAUUACUCAUCGAUGAAUAAGCAUUCUAAAAAGACCAAGAGCUGUGUUGAGUUUAUUGUCAGCAACUUGUAUUUUGCGCGGAACGAGAUUGCCCAUUUUGGUGUUAUCACCUCUAACACUACGGUAGACAUUGUAAUAUCACAGCCAACUAAGAAUUUCCUAGAUCGUGAGAUUAUUUUCAAAGAGCAACCAACAUUAUUUCUCACAUGUGCUCCUCUUUCACAUACUAGCGAUGCCAAGUUUGAUUGUGCAUUUUGCAGCAGCUCAUUGAUAGAGACGAAUCAAAUAACCACUGACACUCAAAAUUUUGUUCUCUAUGCAAGAAUUUUCCCAAGCUCAGUAGUCUACCGAGUGAUAUUGAGAGAUAUGGAUGAAGAUAAGAUACUUAUUGGAAAAUAUCAAAGACAAACAUGUGGCGUUGAAAUGGGCCAGGAAAUACCUGUUCGAUUCUUCUUUAUGGACCCUUCAAAAUGCCGAGAAAAAACAAACGAUGAAGUGAAUUGUGAAAUUCGAGACAAAAGUAAUCCCUACUAUAGCUAUCCUCACUUUGAUUCAAAAACGUACGCAAUUUCCAAGGAUUUACCAUUAUACAGUGAGAAAUGUUUUCGAUCCCUUCAAACUAUUACUUUUAAGAUUGAUGAUUUAAGUGGUUCUGCAGUAUCAUUUAGUACAUUGCUUGGAUACAUUUACUAUUUUUAUCAUUAUCAUUACUUUGAAAUUGGACAUGAUAUUGUCUUUUCGCUAGGAUACCUAAAACUAAAAUUGAAGGUAAUUUCCAUUAAUGGCCAAAGUGUACUAAGCAGCGCCCGAGGAGGACACUAUGGAGGAUUUAUUGGCAAUGACACGCUGUGCUAUUUUGAAAAGUCAAGAGCGUUUGAAUUUAAAUCCAUACCAUCUCAUGAUUUAAUUGAACUUCAACAAAGUAUCCAUCUAUUUGAUGGCUCUCUCACCACCGAGGGUGAUGAAGACUGCUUUUUUGUGAAUAGUAUGUGUCCAGAAAAAAGGCAACCACAAUGCUUUGAGAUUCAAUACCACCCGAAUCGACCCUCUACCAUAGGUAUUGUCUAUCAAUAUGUCACCAGAGAGAAAUUUGACAUUGCUUCACGCUUCAACAAAUCCCUUCAAUUUUCAAAAAUUAUUCGUUUCACCUGCUAUGAAAACUCAUCUCCAUUCAGACACACGGUCAUUAAUUUAGAUCAAAUGAUAAUAGAACUAUUUGAUACUCACGCACAACUUCUUGAGACUGUGGGCCAAGAAAUUAUUGACACACCCUUCGAUUUUGAAGACAGUGAAUUUUUCACAAUACCAGAAUGGAGAAGUCACUUUCUCAACAAUAGGCUUCAAAGAGCUAAUUUUGGUGAUAUUAACAUUCAUUGUUCAUGCAGUCUCUACAUGGAUAAAUUUAUCAUCAUGCAUGGAGGUUGUGAACAUGGUCAGAAUAUGGAAUUGAAGACAACAAAAUCUUUGCUUAUUUAUUCAUUGAAGGAUAGAAGAUUAUUGAAGGUUCAAACCGAAGAUCAGGAACCAUUCAUUUAUACUCUUUCAUUGUGCCAUCAUGUUUCACACAUUUACGGGAAAGAUACAUUAAUAUUGUAUGGAGGAUUGUCCUAUGAUCCACAACAAAAAAAGUAUAGCUCCAUGAAUAACUUAUUUUCCCUUAAUUUACGAACACUAGAAUGGAAAUAUAUAGAAACCAGAAAUGAAGGACCUUCUGUCUAUCACAUGACCUCGAUUCAAUCACAAGAUUCACUAUUUAUUUGUGGUGGAGUUCACAGCAGCACCAAAGUGACAGAAUAUCCAUUCAUUUGGGAAUUGAAUUUGUACACUUUGUUUUGGAGAAAAUUAAGCGUAGAAGAACCUUUCGAAGAUGCGAACAUUGGAUGUUAUUGUCGUUCUCUCAUCAAAUUCUGUCCAAACACUUCACAGCUUGUUUUUCUCCAGAUUCGACGGGAACCCAAAGACGAGCAUUACGAUAGCAAUUAUUACAAGUUAUCAAAACUUCAAAAAGGCUCAAGACAUUUACGAAUUCGUAAAAUCACAGUUAUUUUGGACAAGUCUCCUCUCCAAGCAUAUCCCAAGUGGAAAAUGGUGUCAAGUUCUCUUCACAUACCCUUCAUUUCCUCAUCUGAAAAUUAUACAUUCCAAGACUUGAGAAUAGUCUUUGAGGUGUGA